AUGCCCAGAUUGGAGAACUGCGCCUGGAGCUGUGCCUGCGCUGCCAGGGGAAGACACAAAACCCAGCUGGGGGACACGGCGGCUGGGCUGGCCGCCAAGGUGGGCGAGAUGCUGAGCUCCUCGGUCUCCAGCCCGUCCCGGUCGUUGGUGGGUCAUGGAGCACGCAACCCCAGCACUCCCAGCACCAGUAGGAGCAGCAACAGAAGCACCUUAAACUCGAAUCAACACCUAGUACAGAGGAGCGUGGUCCUCUUCGUCGUCGGCGCUUUCAUGGCCCUGGUGCUGAACUUGCUGCAGAUACAGAGAAAUGUGACUCUGUUCCCUGACGAGGUUAUUUCCACUCUCUUCUCCUCCGCCUGGUGGGUGCCCCCGUGCUGCGGGACCGCCGCUGCUGUAGUUGGCCUGCUGUAUCCCUGCAUUGACAGCCACCUUGGGGAACCACACAAGUUCAAGAGAGAAUGGGCCAGCGUGAUGCGAUGCAUAGCAGUUUUCGUUGGCAUUAACCAUGCCAGUGCUAAACUAGAUUUUGCAAACAACAUCCAGCUGUCCCUGACUCUAGCAGCCCUAUCACUGGGUCUCUGGUGGACAUUUGAUCGUUCAAGAAGUGGUCUCGGACUUGGAAUUACAAUAGCCUUUGUAGCAACUCUAAUAACUCAGUUUCUUGUAUAUAAUGGUGUUUAUCAGUAUACAUCCCCAGAUUUUCUUUACAUCCGUUCUUGGCUUCCAUGUAUAUUUUUCUCAGGAGGUGUGACUGUAGGAAACAUAGGACGCCAACUGGCUAUGGGUAUUCCAGAGAAGCCACACAGCGACUAAAGAAGACAAC